CCCUUUACAACCUGAGUAUAUAUGUGAAGGAAAUAGACAAAGCAGUAGUAUUGUUACAAGUACUUCUACUGCAAUUAUAUCUGUUUACCAAAUGGUUUUUGGCACUAAAGCAAAAUUUCCAGGUCUUGCAUAUUUAGGUUUAAAUCAGGAUAAAACAGCACAAAAAUUAUUAAAAAAUAUUAUUUUUUAUCCUUUUAUUAUUAAAUUAGAAAAUAUUUCGAUUUUUGUUGGAUCACUUGGUAAAAUUUUAUAUUCAAACCCAAAUAAAGUUGGUUGUCAUUAUAUGGCAUCAUUAUUUUAUAAAUAUAAAGCGAAACAAUCAGUUUUUUCUCAAUGUAUUCGUGACAAUUUAUAUACAAUUACAAUUUAUCAAAAUAGCCAAAUUAUUGCAGAAUACAAUAAUAGUUCACCUAAUGCUAUUUGGCAACAAACUGGUAUUCUAAAAUCUAUCCCGGAUAAUAUUUUAUUUGCUAUAAAUCAUCCUACAACUUUACAAAAAUUGAAACAAGCAUAUGAAAUAAAAUUUCUUUAUCAAACUUCUAUAUCUAAUCAAUGCACAUAUGCAGAUUGGGAUAACAAAAUAAUUAUGGAACACCUGUUUGAAUUACAUUUAAACAAAGCAGCAUGGCGUGCAGUAUUUCAUGCUGCAGGAUGUACAGAAAUUACUCCAUAUAACAAAAAAAUUUCAGAGAUCGAAUUUUGGACAAAUGUAUCUAAUCCUGGAAAAGAUUGUGAUACCCUUAGAAAUCUAUAUGAAGAUAGAUUUUUGAAUAUAUCAUCACAAACUUCAUCAGAUAAAAAAAUUAUAUCACAGGCUUUAUCGGAUAAAGCACACAUAUCAUUGCAAAUUUUUCUAGACAAGAUAUUUUGGAACUGCUUACACGAUAGCUAUGAUGCAAAUCCUAUAGAAAUAGAUGGCAAA